AUGCCACAAUAUGCCUUUGUAACCCGUGUUAACGUAUCAACAGGUGGAGGCCGUGGAUUAGGCCUAUGCAUGGCCGAAGGGCUCGUAGAGGCUGGUGGCAAGGUGCAUUGUCUCGACCGGUUACCAGAGCCCCCUCAAGCAUUCCAAGAGGCUCAGGGCCGUCUCAAGAGCAACAUCGGUGCAGGUCUGCAGUACCAUAGGGUGGACGUUACAGACGAGCAGGCGAUGCGAAAGUGCAUUGGCGACAUUGCCUCGGAACACCAAAGGCUUGACGGCCUCAUUGCAGGUACGGAAUUCUUCAAAUACUUUGGAACUCCAAUGCUAACCAUCCCUUCUCCAGCUGCCGGCAUCCAGCAAGUCACACCCGCGAUCGACUUCAAGAAGGAAGACAUCGCGAAGAUGCUCGACGUAAACUAUACCGGCGUGUUCCUAGCAGCCCGAGAAUGCGCCCGUCAGAUGAUGGAAUACAAGAUCCAAGGCUCGAUCUGCCUGGUCGCAAGCAUGAGUGGCACCAUUGCCAACCGAGGCUUCAUCGCGCCCGUUUACAACUCGUCCAAGGCGGCGGUGGUGCAGCUGGCACGGAACCUGGCCAUGGAGUGGGGGCGAAAGAAUCCAGAUGGCUCAGGGGGUAUCCGAGUGAACUCAUUGAGCCCAGGCCAUAUCGUCACGCCGAUGGUGCAAGCCAACUUCGACAAGGGCGAGGCCUCCCGCGAGGAAUGGGAGAACAACAGCAUGUUGGGCAGGCUCAGCACUCCUGAGGAGUACAAGGCUGCGGGACUGUUCAUGUUGAGCAAGGCCAGCAGCUACAUGACUGGGCACGAUCUGAAGCUGGAUGGCGGUACUACCGCUUGGUAA